AUGUUGUCUUCAUCGGCCACUUCAAAAUCUCAAUCAUCUUGUGCAAAUCGAGAAGCUUCUUUAACUGCACCACCGAAAUUAUCUUCACCUCCUAAUCCAAUCACUACUACUACUAACACUACCAAUACUACUUAUAAACAAUUACAAGAAACCAAUGUAAAAUUACGGAGACAUUCGUUUAGUAAAUUAUUAUUGUCAUCUGAUCAUUCAUAUCAUAUGGAUAGAUUGAAUCACAGGAGUAAUAAUCAUCAUCAUCAGUUAUCACAUUGUUUUAAUCGAUCCACAUCGAAUAUUGUGAAACAAUACAAUUUAACAUUGAAUAAAUAUCCAUUAGCUUUACGAUUGAAGCAUAGAGCACGUUGUUUCAAUGAAGAUCAACAACAAAAGAAACAAAUGAAAUUAUUCAAUGCAUAUUAUGAGGAAUUUUUCAUUCAAAAUUCCAAUUCUAAAUUAGAAUCGGUUCAACAAUUACAAGAGGAUGAACAACAACAAUGUUUGGAUAGUGUAAGUGAUCUGCCACCGUCAGGAUCAUCAUUGUCAGUACAAUCACAAUCACAACCACAGCAACAGCAACACCAACCGCCAUCAUCGUCACAAAAACGUGUACAACAACAUUGGCAACGACGACGUCAACAUAGUAAGUCGUGGAAUGUUCACAAAUCUCGGCGUAGUUCUAUAUUGGAUGAAUGGAAACGGAAAUCCGAUACAGUUCAACCUGUAAGUUUGUUGUGAUUAACUUUUGGACAGAGUAUUAUGCAUCAAACGCGCAUAAGUUGAAAUCAAUUAAAU